AAUCUUGAAGACUUCAGAAAUGCAUUAUUGGCAAACUCGCAAUACGAAUUACGAGUUGAAGUCAACCAAAGAUGUUUAGUCGAUAAAAUGCUAGCACGAUAUUCAUCUGAAUUUGCAGUAUUCCGAGAAUUAUUGCAGAAUUCAGAUGACGCAAAUUCUUUGGCUGCAAACAUCGUGUUUAUUGGUACUAUUGGUGAGUCUUAUUCGAGAAUGCUUUUUAAGAAUAAUGGGUUUGCUUUCCGACAACAAGAUUGGGAUCGAUUAAAGAGAAUUGCUGAAGGAAAUCUUGAUGAGCAAAAGAUUGGUGCUUUCGGUGUUGGAUUUUAUUCGGUAUUCUCGAUCUGUGAAGAACCAUUGUAG